AUUUAUGUUCCUUAUCCAUUAGCUACAUACAAAUAAGAACGUAACCGAAAAUAAAUAAUCGAAAUGCGAAUGUGGAAAAAUACCUCUUUGGAAUGCGUAUCUACCAGCUAUCUACCUGGCAAACUUUCCAGAUUGCUAUCUCAACGCCUAUGACUCAGUAACCUCCUACACUUCACGCGAAUAGAUAUACGACUGGGAUGCACUCUUUCUUGCACUCACGCGUCGGCCAUGAUACAAUAUAAACACACAUACACACAGAAACGGGUCAAGCAUCCGCCUUUUUAUUAUUUUCUAAGAAAAUCUAAUAUAAAAUGGACGUGCGUACUUGUGGAUCAGAUAAAAGCUUUGUACUAAGAUCCAGAGCGGUUACAUAUUUGAAAAAUAAAGGAAAAAUUGUAAUCUUUCUUGGAAAAUGGAAAAUCAUCAAAACUGAAUAAGUGAAUCCCGCCCACGGCGGCUGACUAAAAACUACCCAUUAGCUACGGUAUAUGACCAGCCUACCUAUCCCGGAGCCCACAAAAUGUAUCUAUAGUCGUGAAACGUUUCCGUUCGAGAAUGGCAACAAAACUAUACGUUUGCGUGAGAUGUGGAGCGAAGACCGCAGCUCUUCUGUUUUGGGUAUCUCUUUACAUGGUAGUUAUGAAAAUGACGGUUUUUAAAAGCACGGCAGAUACCACAGUGAAGGACUGGUCUAUAAUGCCAGAUAAUUACAGCGGGUGGCAGGGUGCCGUGCCAUUAGGUAAAGAUGAAUCAGUCACAUCUAAACAUGAGUUCAUCACAUGGCCUGAGGUAGAUAAUGAAACUAUUACAGAAUUGGAGUGUCGAUCAAAAACAAUGCACAAAGUCUGUCGCCAGAGAAAUCUUCUCUCACAAAAAGUGAACUCUAAAGAGUUCUACGUUGAUCAUAAUCAUGGACUUGUUUGGUGCAACAUUUUCAAAGCUGCUAGCUCGACUUGGAUGUAUUAUAUGAAUAUUUUAGGAGGAUAUAAGAAAAAGUUUCUGGAAGAAACUAAAAAAAUACCUUUAAUUUUAGCCAGAAAAAAGUUCCCCCGUCCUAAAAUAAAAGAACUAACAGAAGCAAUUCAAGCACCUGGGGUUGUGUCGCUUUUGAUUGUGCGAGAUCCUUUUGUAAGGUUGUUGUCAGCAUAUCGUGACAAACUGGAGAUCAACCAACAAGGGAAAAUAAAGCCGUAUUAUAGGAAAUUGGCAAGGACAAUAAUUUCAAAGUACAGAAAGAAAGAGGCCCAAGACAAGGCGAAAAAUAAAGUGGUUGGCCCAACAUUUCGGGAGUUCGUUCAGUAUUUGAUAGACGAGUAUCAUCCGGGGUACAAGUUUGACGAACACUGGGCUCCGUACUACACGUUUUGUUCACCAUGUGCAGUCAAUUUUACUGUGAUAGCGAAAGUAGAAACAUUGACAAAAGAUUCAAUGUAUGUGAUACAGAAGUUAAAUCUCGGCCCUGUGUUAAACAUAAAGGCUGGUGAGCGUAAGAGAAAACAUCGUGGUUUAAUGAAUACAUCUCGUGACGGGAAGAACACGACAUCAUUGUUAAUGCAUUAUUAUGGUCAGCUUGACGAAAACAUGUUGGAUAAUUUGUUAAAAAUAUACGGUAUAGACUUUGAAAUGUUCGGAUAUGAUGCGAGUGUUUAUAGACGUUAUGUUAAAAAAUAAAAGUUCUGUUACACGCUUA